AUGGAAUCAUCUAUAAUCUUAGAGAACUUUAUGUUAUCAAGAGCAUCAUUGCAUGAAGUGAUUACGUUAGAACAAUUUGAAAGACUAUUUCCUAGAAGAGUCUUGAAAAGUACAAUUCAAAGGAUAUACGAAGAAUUGGUUGAACAACGUGAAUCUGAGUCUAUUGAGCCUGUAAAGAAUAAAAUUCAGGAGCAGUUCGACGUGCCAUUACAAGAAACUAUCGAUAAGCUUAAAAAUUCACAAACAAUAACAGUAGGAAGACAUUCUAUUAAUGAUCUAGUUACCAGAUUAGAUAAACUAGAAAAUAUUUUUGUACUACAAAAUACUCUAAUCGAUGAUCAGAUAGCAAAUGUUAUGAAUGAUAUCAAGUUAAUAUGCAAAGAGUUUAAUGAUAUAAAAUAUGGAAAUGCAUGGUUUAGGGGAAGUGACGAAACUGACAUUGAGAAGGUAAUGGAAGAAACUAUACGAAGUGUUGAUAAAUGUGACAGCAUUUUCAGAUAA